CUCAGGCUGAAGAGGCAGCACCAGAUGAAGUCUUGGACCACAUGAACCUCCCCAAAUGAGAAGCCAAGAAGACUUGGUGAAAGUUUCCUCUUAAAUUUCCUGGGGAGAGAUUCAGAUAUAGAAACACCCUUCCUGCCACCUGCCGGAAGCAGGAGAAACCACUGACAGCUUCAAGACCAGGAUUAGAGAACAUGUCAUCCUCACACUUGACACCCAGGGGAGGAGAAAGGAAGACUCUCAAAGGCUGGACAUUUGGAGACGGAAGGAGAAAGGCAGACAGUUUCUGAAGGGCAUCGAGGGCACAGGGUGGUGCUCAAGGGGAGGCUCAAGGCAACCAGACCAGGUUCAGCUCACUGGGCUAGGAGCCCUCCUUACAGAUGAGUGUCUAUGCCAGCUCACCAUGUGCACCCCCAGCGCGUGCGACCUGGAGGAGAUCCCCCUGGAGGAGGACGAUACAAAGAGCAUAGAAUUCCAGAUCCUGGAGCACUACGCCAAACAGCAUGUCUUCAAGACCAUGGCCGCUGUCUCCUCACCAAAGCUGCUGAGAACAAGAAGUUUGUCCCAGAAAGUACUGGGGAGUUGGACAGCAAACGAGUCAUGGACACAGGUGUCAUGGCCUUGCAGAAGUUCCCAAUCUAGCGAGAAGCCCAUAAACCUUGCCAAGAAAAAGUCCUCUUGGAGAACACUCUUCGAAGGGGCAGAGGCAGAGGCAGGUUCACAGAGCUCGACCACAGAGACCCAGGCCAAGAGUCGAAGGCAGGCGGAGUUUCAGGGGGGCUGCAUCGUUCAGCAAGGGGCCAGGUCGUCUUCUAAGGUGGAAGAGGGCUUACAGGCCGAAGCUGUGGACCCCAAAGUCGCUUCCAUUGCCAACCGAGUUGCUGAAAUUGUUUAUUCCUGGCCACCUCCAGAAGAGCACAUCCAGGGAGGAAACUUCAAGUCCAAGAGGAGUUUGGGACCACAGGCCCCCCUAACCUUCCAGUCUGGGACCGAAAGUGCUAAAAAAGAUGCAGAAGACCAGAUAAUAGCCCGAAUCGUCGAGCUGCUGAAAUACUCGGGGGAUCAGAUGGAGAUGGAGCUGAAGAAGGACAAGACCUUGAUGAACAGCUUCCCGGGCGGCCUGUCCUACCCCAUUUUCAAGACCAUCACAGACCAGUUCCUCAGGGGUAUAGAUACCAGAGGAGAAUCAGAGGUCAAAGCUCAGGGCUUCAAGGUUGCUCUGGCAAUAGACGUCACGGCCAAGCUCACCGCCAUUGACAACCACCCCAUGAACAAGGUGCUGGGCUUUGGAACCAAGUACCUGAAAGAGCACUUUUCACCUUGGAUCCAGCAGCAUGGUGGAUGGGAAAAAGUACUUGGGGUAUCACAUGAAGAAAUUGACUGAAACAUCAGAUGUGUAAUCUGGAAUGCUCAUCAGCCAACUGUGGUCCUGGGUACAUCGCUGUCAGCAGAGACUCCAGGAGAAAAUAAACUCGUGCAAGGCAGACGGAGCACUGCAGUGUCAAAACCGUCACCCCCUGAACCCAGAGGCACCAGGAGAGGCCUUGGUCGUGUCUAGCUCGUAGACUGCAGUCACAUGGCCUUCCCAUCCGUGUUUUUCAGGCCCCCCACUGAGUGUGUGAGGAGAUCUAGAAAGACUGUUCCUCUCAAAGGUUCGGAUCAGAAACCAUCGUCUUGCCUCUGUCGGCCACCGUAGGAAAAGUGUGACAGAUACUCACCGACCUCCUGAGGGCGAAAUGAUAAAUUGCUCGUGUGCCUACUCUCUGGUUUCUAGUACUAUUUAUUUUUUAAACUGCAGGUAGGAUGGCCUACUGAUGCUCUCUGGAGCCUCCCUUUAGGAAGCCGCUGCUGUGUAUGUUAGUAGACACAGUUCAGAGAGACGGGAGAUGACGGCCACGUCUGCUACUUCGGGGAAGCAUGGCCACAUCUGCCCUCUUGACUCACUUCUCUAGGAUUCCCUGGCAGUCUGAGAACCUUUCAUUUGGCAGAAAACAGUGACUCCUACUGCCCUCAACUUGCAGUGACCUCGUCUCUGCCUCUCAAGGUCUUUGGGGAUUUCUUUGUUAUUUUUUUGUGGGAGGUAAUGAUUAGUAGUUGGUAUGAAAAGGUAUCAUAAGAGUAUCUUGUGGUUAAAGUAAGCAAUCAUACUGCAAUUCCUGUCAGGAUCCAGUGCGUUAAUUUAUAGAAAGCACUCAGAACAGUGCUUGGUCUGGGUGCGAAGUCAGUGUGUGCUUACGUCCACUGGCAUGUGCUGUUCUGAGUGGAGCUGAAGGUUUGCACUCCUCUCGAAGCAGUCGCUGAUUGUUUUUCUGAAAUCAAUACUGUUCAGAAUGAGGUAUUUCACAGUGAGUAUUUAAGACAUACAGCAAUGUUUAAAAAUGCUUUCAAAUUACAGGGUCUUACAAAUUUCUGGGUCUCUAGCACCCAACAUGCAGUCUGACAUAGAAUAGGUGUUCAAAAAAACCUUUGAUGGACACAUAAAUGAAUGGGUUAUUCAGAUAUACUUUCAACUUCAAGAGAAACAUGGACCUAGUACCACAUGCUUCACUACCCAACCCAUCUCAACGGACUGAGUAUUGUCUUACUUCCCUCCCCACAUUGAAAGCAGAAAUGUGAGGACUAAAGGGGUCUCCUUUUGCAGAUGGAGACACUGGAGGCCACCUAUUCUCCCACUGCGAUCCAACAUGUCAAACUGUUUGCAGGUC